CAGCGUUAAUUCAGUUGCAAUGUUGCUGUACAGCAAGGAACUUGUGGCACCGCGAGCCAAAUUUUCUCGGGGAUUACAACGCUUCGAUCGUCAUCCGCUGCGAGAUAAGUAUGGCCAGAUGUUGCGUAAUUCCUUCGCACACUCUUCAAUCCAUGGCUUGCAAAAUGCCUUUGAGGAGCAGCAUUUUUGGGUGCGAUACUUCUGGCUCAUCAUUGUACUGUUGGCCUCUGUGGGUUUCCUUAGUACCUAUUCCAUAUUGGAGAUGCGCCACAACGAACAGGUGUUGGUUAGUCUUGUGGCGACCACACAGCAUCCGGUUUAUAGCAUCGAAUUUCCAGCCGUUGCCAUUUGUCCCUGGAAUCAUGUCAAUUGGAUGCGAGCCGCUACAGCUGCUGAGCGCUUUCUGCCCUCCAACGCGAAUGCUGAGAUGCGAGAAACCUUUCGACAGCUGCUCAUUGGCAUGGAGCAAGUGUCAUUUGGCAAAUUUGAAACUAUGGGUGAAAUGUCGAGACGAAAUUUCUCAUCACUGGCUAAAUUGAGUCUCUCGAAACUCGCCAGUUAUUUAGCUUAUCGCUGCGAUGAGCUCUUCGAGCGCAGCUCAUGCGUUUUCGAUGAGACCAGCUACGAUUGCUGUCAACUCUUUGUAGCAGAAAGCACAGAAAAUGGUCAGUGCUUGGUCUUCAAUUCGUUGAUCUCGGAUGAAUCUCGCAAUAAGAAACUGAUCAAUGAGUUUUAUCCCUACAAGAUAAGCAAGGCUGGGGAAGGCUCUGGUCUGCAGUUCACGCUGCGAUUAAAUGAUUCAUAUUUGCGAAAGGGCACCGAGGUACCCUUCUCUAUGAAUCUUAUGAUCAAGCAGCCACGCCAAUGGUCGCAGCCUGUGAUAUUUCAUCUAUAUGAGAAUACCGAGAACUUUGUGGCCAUUGAUCCACUGUUGAUAGAGACGUCUAGGAACGCUGUUCUCAUGCCUCCCUCCAAGCGACAUUGCUACUUUGAGGAGGAACGCAAUCCCUUUUACUCCUAUGGGGAUCCAGAUCUGCCCUACAGUCAUCACAAUUGCAUUGCCGUCUGCCUGCAGGCAUCGAUGCUCUAUCACUGCAACUGUACAAUGCCGCUAUUCUUGCCCUCCAUAGAGGGAUCACGUGAGUGCGGCGUGCUGGACAUUGAAUGUGUUUAUCGCCAUGCCGAUAUCUUUGGCUAUGUGAAAAUAAAGGGGCAAGACAAGUACAUCAAGGAUCCCCGCAGGGGUCAGUUGUGCGAUUGUCCCGAUAGCUGCAAUAAGCAACAAUAUUACAUGCUGCUUAAUGUACGCGAACUGGAAUUCGUAAAUAUGUCGCGCAUCAGAACAGAAGUUUACUAUGGCCAGCGUGUGAUAACGAAGAUCGAGACGAAACUGCAAUACACAUUUACAGAUUGGGUGGCGGGAUUUGGUGGUAUUCUAGGUCUAUAUGUGGGCGCCUCGGCGCUAAGCUUUGCUGAGCUAGUUUAUGUGCUGGCCAAGUUACUGUGGACGGUCUUAAGUGAUGGAUACACUAAAAUGUCUUUAGGAUAUAAACGCCGCUAA